CCAUUCCGCCAAAACAAAAAAAAACUAUCGAAUCCACCAAAAGAUGAGUUCAUUUUUAGAUCGACUUCGUCGUCGUCCAUCCCAAGAAUAUCAGCCUGUGGGCCAUCGAGAAGAACACUUUGAAUCUGCAGAAGUAGUCCGUGACGCUAUCAUUGGCUUGUCGGACGGUCUCACUGUACCCUUCGCACUCGCCGCCGGUUUAUCCUCGCUUGGUGUUAGCAAAAUCGUGGUUUACGGUGGUGCAGCUGAGCUUGUCAGUGGUGCAAUUUCAAUGGGUUUGGGAGGCUACUUGGCAGCACGGUCCGAAAUGGACCAUUACAAGACAGAACGUAUGCGCGAAGAACGCGAAGUGGAAGAGUGCCCGCAGGACGAGGAGGAUGAAAUUGUCGAGAUUUUAGAACCCUAUGGCUUGGAUCGUGAAGCACUUCAGCCCUUAAUCGACCAGCUCAAGAGUGACCCCGAAAAGUUUGUCGACUUUAUGAUGAAAUUCGAACUUAACCUUGAAAUGCCCGAUCCACGACGAAGCUGGAUCUCGGCAUUGACAAUCGGCUCCUCGUACUUUAUUGGCGGCUUGAUCCCAUUACUACCAUAUGUGUUCAUGGAGGACGCCACAUUGGCUCUGUACAUCUCGAUCGCCGUCACCUCGCUCACGCUGUUGAUCUUUGGCUACGCCAAGAGUCGACUUAUCAACCCCAAGGGUGCAUUCAAGGGCGCCAUCCAGACCUUGCUCAUUGGUGCUUUGGCAGCAGGUGCAAGUUACGGUAUCGUCUACUUGCUCCCUUCUGAAAAUGAUUUUUAA